UGUCUGUCCUCCCUCUUCGCGCCACAUAUAAUGGAAACAUUCAAGAAUUUGUUGUCCCCCUUCUCGAGUGCUUCUAAUCCUCUCCAGGACACGUUGAAACUCGUCGUCGUCGGUGGCACACUCGAGACUGCGCGACGUGUUUCUGUUUCUGCUUGGAAUGGCUUCAUUGACUCUUUCUUCCUCACUGCGCACUUCAGUCAAGAGGACUAUCCAUACGACUGGUUGAUGCACUGGCUGGCAAAGCAACCGGCGUGGGGUCGCAGUCGCGAAUUCGACAUCACUACACGCACCAUCAGUCGGAAUGGUCUUACUCAGUCUACGACUGGAGAUCUAGACGACGAAGAAGCCGACGACGGCGAGGUCAUGAUGAGUGGUCGUAAGAAGCGCAAAGUGGCAAUCGUUCCAAGUCUAGACACGACGCAUACCAUUUACUAUCGGGGACACUGGCUGCGGAUUACACGCACGAAGCGUUUCCAGGAUUACGGUUCUUACGCUGAGAUUAAGAUCUGUGUGGUGGCGAGAAACAAUGACAUUCUCAAGAAAUUGGUCCUGGAAGCCAAGCGUGAGUAUGAGAAGGACGCAGUGCACCGCGUGCACAUCUACAUGGCAGACACAACGUACGGCGGCUGGCGUUGGAACGGUGCCCGGCAGAAGCGCCCUAUGAGCUCAAUUGUAUUGGAACCGGGCGUCAAGGAUAUGAUACUCGCGGAUUGUCAAGACUUCCUCUGCUCCGAGGAGUGGUAUGCCGAAAGAGGUAUCCCAUUCCGUCGCGGCUAUCUUCUGCACGGUGUCCCUGGAAGUGGGAAAACCUCUUUAAUCCACAGUCUGGCGGGUGAGCUUGGAUUGGACAUCUAUGUCAUCAGUUUGUCGGCGAAGGGGAUGAGCGAUAACAUGCUGGCCACUCUGAUGGGAAAUAUACCUUCGAGAUGUAUAUUGCUACUCGAGGAUUUGGAUGCCGCGUUCACGCGAGGCGUCUCUCGUGAUGAUAGUUCCACGGGGGCGCCAACUAGCUCUACCAGUACCUCUAGCUCCACGUCAACUGCAAAGACGAAAGAUGAGAGCAAUGACGGAUCUACUCUCACUCUCAGUGGGCUGCUUAACAGUCUCGAUGGCGUCGCAGCUGCUGAGGGCCGCUUACUAUUCGCAACUACGAAUCACAUCGAGCGUCUUGACCCGGCAUUGAGCCGCCCGGGUCGCAUGGAUGUAUGGGUGAACUUCAAGCACGCCAGCAAGUGGCAAGCAGAAGGCAUUUUCAAGUGUUUCUUCCCCGCAAAGCCUUCGUCAAAUGGGAACUCGCCUACGUCAGCUGCGUCCGCGAAACCGGACGACGAGGCGCCAUCUGCAGAGGGCCUUGCUGUGCCGAAGCGCAAGAAAGCUGCUUAUACUGCCCCUCUCCUCUCGGAGGAAGAGAUCUCCGAUCUAGCCAAACGUUUCGCAGACGCGAUGCCGGAAGACGAGCUCAGUGUCGCGGCCCUGCAAGGAUAUCUCCUCAAGAACAAGACGCGUCCUAGAGAAUGUGUAGACGAGGCUGUCGCUUGGGUUGCUCAGGAGCGCGAGACUCGGGCUAAGCUCAAGAAGGAGAAAGAAGAGCGCGAGGCGAAAGAGAAGAAAGAGGCCGAGGAGGCGGCAGAGAAAGCGAAGAAGGAGGCUGAAGAGAAGGCCAAGAAGGAGGCCGAUGAAAAGGUUGCAACGGAGAAGCCUGCAGAAGUCACAGAGGUGACCAAGGACACGGCGUCUGUGUCUGAACCUACUUCUAGCAGCAACUCCGCCGAUGCGAACAAAGGGGCUGACACCGACCUCGAAAGCAGCGUGAUUUCCGUCGACGAGACUGGCGCGGUUAACAGCUCUGAGACCCAAGAUGGGAAGGAGAAGUGGGUCGCUGUCAAGGCAGACUCUCCUGAUCCGGGGGUUUGACAGGGUUAGCAGUCUCGCGAUGUACGUCCUGCGAAAGAUUCUCAUACUCAUUGUACACCCCUACGCGCUGUUGUCCGAUUAUCCUGUAAUGACCCUUGCCACCCUUAUAUGAGUAAUGUAUGUUCAAUGCAAUUAGAAUUUCUCACCGA